AAGAGUGGUAGUUUUAAUCGGGUUUGCACUGUGUUUGCAUUGUGAAUGGUAUUGGUGGUACAGGACAGAGUGGAGAUGACCGUUGGCUCAUGCGCUGAACUGUUGGUUUAAGUGAUUUUUGGGGCCUUUCAUUUUGGGCCUACCAUAUUCUAUUUCCGGAGGGUUCUUUCCAGGAUUUGGAGUUAGCAGAAAUGAGAAAUGUACAAGGGGGUUUGUCAUCUGACUGAAAGAGCUCAACAAGACAGCGUUCUUUUUCUCAGUUGGUGGGAAAUGUUUUUGUGAGUUGAAUCUAUACUGGUGCAGUACAUUCUCCUGGUCAAGGUUGUUGACAUCCUUUCGAAAGGUGGAAGCAAAUUUCUGUUUUAACUGUAAUAGACGUUACAACUUGAAAUUGAGCUUGUCCAAACUGAGGUUUAAAGAAGUAAUAUAGGAAGCAAGACACCUCCUUGCUGCUCUACAGCAAAGCCUGUUACAACAUUCUAAAUCUCUGUCUACAGCCUUUUGGACUUUCUCGUUUUGGACUUUGUUUGGGAACCAACACCAUGCCUAUAAUUGUACUGGAGGCCAGUGAUUUGACCAGCCCUCUGUCGCUGGUGCGUAUGUGGGCUCUCCUGUCCGGUUGCCUCACCUUCAGCCUGGUAGCCUCCCUGGUUUCCCCAGAGCUGACCUCUGACACCCACCAGCCCUCCUUCAGGAUCCUCUGCAUGCUCACCUGGUGCCUCUUCUUCAUCCUCACCUUCCUAAUCCACGUGGUCAACAUCAUCCAGUUCCACAGCCUGGUCCCCAUUUCCUGGAAGAACCUGACCGUGACCGUGGCGGCUCUCGCCGCCCUCAUGACCUUCAGCGCCUCGGUCACCUUUCCUUGGGCGGUCAUGGGUCAUGAAGGUGUCUAUCCCCGUCCGAUCGCCGCCUCCUUGGCAUCGUGUCUCACCUUCUUGGCCUAUGCAACCGAGGCCUACCUCAUCCGCACCCAGACCCAGGACCAGAAGGGCUACAUGGCCAGCGUGCCCGGCCUGCUCAAGGUGCUCCAGCUCUGGGGAGGAUGUGAGAUGAUCGUCCUGGUGGUGGAGCAGGUCCGUGGAGCUUUGGUAAAAGGAGCCGGGGUAGGGUUGGCAGCUGUGGGUUGGCAGCUAUGGGUGUCUGGGGUGGUGUAUGCCCUCUGUCUCCUAAUGUCCCUGGGUACAGUGAUGGUGGUUCUAGGGGACUGUGCUGGGCGAUGCCCUCUGCCCUUUGACCGCCUGCUGGCAAGCUUCAGUCUGACAGGGGUGCUUCUCUAUGUGGUCGCCACCAUACUGUGUUUUACCAGAGUUCUGGAGCAACAAAACCCCGGCCAAGAGUUCACAGACAGGAAAACUGGGCCCACCCUUGUUGUCAUGGAAGCGGUGAUGACCAGCAUUACUCUGCUAGCUUACACAGUGGACCUGACCUUCUCUAUCAAACUGCUGCGGGAUAGGAGUCACGCCUGAAAAAGACACGCCUGGAUAGUUGACCUUCAGAACACAUAACAUGUACAUUAUGGAUAUUAACAAAGUCGUCGUGUAUUAUAGGAGAAGGGGACACAUUGCCAAAGUCCAUGAAAUAUUACGUUCUGUUGAUGUCAAUUGUAUAUUGAUUGGAGCCUUGAAAAUGAAAAACAAAUGUCAUAGAUGUUUUCAUGUACGAUAUCAUGUGCACAGUUUUGGGUAUUAGUUCCAGUACAUGUAAUUCAACUAGUAAUUUAACUACAUGUUGCAGUAGCUUGGUGGUAGUUUAACUAAAUUCAAAUAUUUGUAGUGUUUUCAGUGGUCAAUUACUUGUUUGCCAUGUAGUGAUGUAGCUUUUACUGCAACUAGGUAGUUCCACCAAUUCGGUGCCUUUUUGAGAUUCUUUAAUUUGGUGAAAAAAACCUGUUUUGAUUUCAACUCAUUUGAACAUUCUGUCAUAAGGAGCACGUGUUCAACUUAAUAAAAAACACGUUUUCUUAUCUCAAAAAGGUUAAAUAAAUUAAAAACGAUUAUAGUAAGGGCCUAUUAAGUGCCAAAUAAAGUAACAGGCUUGACUGUAACAGGGUUAAUGAUUUCACCUUAAAUUAGCCAUGAAUCCCCUUGUGACAAGUGGAAUGGAAGCUUGUUGUGUACAACAGGUAGGGGCAAUUGAACGCAAGCGUCACCCCAAAAAAUGUAAGUGUCAAAAUAUUUCUAGCCUAUCUAUGAGUUACAGGGUGGACGCGUUAUGCUCGACCCACUCAAUUAUCCAUAACAAAACACCAGAAAAUAGCCAAAAAGAGAGGAACCAGCCCACCUGCUUUUCCAGAGGAUUGAAUCGGUCACAUUCUAAAUGUAAUCCGUCAGUUACUAGUUACUUGUCCAAAAUACUAAUCAGUAAAGUAAUUUAUGGAUUACCUUAGCUCAGUAACAUCAUUUGAUUACUUUCAGUUACUUCUGAAUUACUUUCCCCUUAAGAGGCAUCAGAAGAAGACGACAAAAAUGGAUCCAUCAAAUGUAAUUUGUGUGUCAUCACUCGCUCAGGUGGAACAAAGUUAUGCUGCGUUUGUAACCAAGUGAGAAGAGCGAAUUUACCACAUAUGACUGGGAAAAACCCACUUUAACGACCCUCCAACUGGUCAUUACUAGUGGGAAACUCGUCUAUCAUCCUGAGCUCCCACUUCUUUCACAUGCUGACUUCUGACGUCACCGACUAGAAAUGACCUUGAUAUCAGCAUUUUCUGCAGUUAAUUAAAUGCAACAAAACAAUAUUUAUAAAAAGCAAUCUAUUCAUAUGGUUUUGAACACUAUAAUUUGUUGACAAGCAUGAUAGCUGUACUUUUAGUGUAUUAGUUUACACAGCUUGUUGGCCAUUAGCCAAUCAGUGUUCAAAGUACAUGAAUGCCUACAACUGGUAUUUACGACUUCACAACUGGUAAAUUCCUACCUCCCACUUGGUUACAAAGCAGCAAUUCACUUGCACCUUUUUUCAAUGCUGAAUUGAAUGUCAUUGAGAAAACAGAAAUGUGUCAUAACGUAUUUUUUCCCCCUGCAAACGCCCUUUCUGAAUUUAAAAGUAAUCAACAAAAAUGAUCAUUCUAGUCUUUCAAAAGUAUAUGUUAUCUGAUUAAAAAUAUUUUUGCUGGCAGCUAACCGAUUACAGUUAUUUUUUUUGUAUUCAGAUUACGUGUUACUACCCAGCCCUGCAUUAACACUAUUAUUUAACUAUUAGAUGUUCAAUGUUUCUUUUAGUCAAAAAAUAUUUAAACAGGAAUAGUUUUACCAUAUUAAAACAAGAGUUCAGUUCAUGUAACAGGGUUGACCUUAAAAUGAGGCACAGAUUCCUUAAAACGAAUCACUAAUCACAUGAAAUAAAUAAUCAUCUUCAGAAAUGACUGUCAAAGCAACAAAAUGACUAAGGCUUUACAAUGAUGGUGUAUACUUGGAUAUAUUUUGGGGUUAAGUGGGUUACAAACUUCCUGGAAGUUACAGAGGAUGCGUGGAGGGAUAUUUGAAAAUGCUGGAUUUUGGCACUUGAGAAAAUCUUUAUUAAAAAUAAAAAAAAUCUGAUUGA